AUGGGUGAUGUAAACUUUCUACAAAAGGCUAUACAAAUAGUUCAACAAGCUACAGAAGCCGAUAAUGCAAAGAACUAUGCUGAAGCUCAUAGAUUAUAUAUCCUUAGUUUGGAUUGGUUCACAACUGCUUUGAAAUAUGAAAAGAGUGAAAGAUCAAAAGCAACUAUAAAGGCAAAGACGAUGGAAUACCUUCAAAGAGCAGAACAAUUGAAAGAGUAUUUGGAAAAGACAAAGAACAAAAAGCCAGUGGCUGCAAUGAGUGGAUCAUCUGCCAAGCCAGGCGCACCUACCACCAAAAAGAAUGGAGACGUCGACGACGAAGACAUGGACCCUGAGGACAAAAAGAGAAACGAAUCUCUCACUGGAUCGAUCCUUACAGAGAAACCAAAUGUUAAAUGGGACGAUGUUGCUGGUUUGCAUCAAGCCAAAGAAUAUCUCAAGGAAGCUGUCAUCUUCCCCAUUAAAUUCCCACAAAUGUUUACUGGUAAAAGAAAACCAUGGAAAGGUAUUCUUCUUUAUGGUCCACCAGGUACUGGCAAAUCAUAUUUGGCAAAGGCUGUAGCCACAGAAAUAUCUUCAACCUUCUUUUCAAUCUCUCCAUCUGAUAUUGUGACCAAAUGGUUAGGUGACAGUGAAAAGUUGGUCAAACAACUAUUUGAAAUGGCAAGAGAAAAAAAGAACAGUGUAAUAUUUAUUGAUGAAAUCGAUUCUUUGUGUAGCACUCGUAACGAUAGCGAAAGUGAAUCUGCAAGAAGAAUUAAAACUGAAUUCCUUAUUCAAAUGAAUGGUGUCGGAACUGAUUCAGAUGGUAUUUUGGUAUUAGCAGCAACCAAUAUUCCAUGGGGUUUAGAUCUUGCCAUUAGACGUAGAUUUGAAAAGAGAAUUUAUAUUCCAUUGCCAGAUCCACAAGCACGUUCAAAGAUGUUCCAAAUUCACAUUGGUGCCACACCAAACUCAUUGUCUCCAGGCGACUACAAGAGACUUGGUGAAAUGACCGAAGGUUAUUCCGGUUCCGAUAUUGAAUCGGUUUGCAAGGAUGCCAUUUUCCAACCCAUUCGUACCGUCCAAAGUGCCACCCACUUUAAGGAAGUUAGAAUGCCAGAUAGAGAUGAUCCAAAUGUAAUGACUGAAUAUUUCGUACCAUGUUCCCCAGGUGAUCCAAUGGGUCAAGAACUGACUUGUAUGGAUAUUGAACCAUCCAAAGUAAAAGAACCUCCCAUUUCACUUAAUGAUUGUUUAAAGAGUGCCAGAACGGUUAAACCCUCUGUUAGUUCAAAGGAUUUGGAAAAGUAUAUUGAAUUUACCCGUGAUUAUGGUCAAGAUGGUGUAUAA